AUGACAGAAGCACCCAAAAAAGAAUACCCCAAAUUCUCAUGGGACCACGACGUCCCCGACAUCCCCUUCUGGAAAGAUCUCCCCUUCACAACAGCCCGCAACUUUCUAAAAUGCUUCUCAGACGAAGAAUUAGCAGCCAUGUCCUUCCCAGACACAAUGCCCAAAGACGAAAAAUGGCGUCUCCUCCUCUCCCGUCUCCAGCAGAAAGAAGCAGAAACCAUAGCGCAACACGCGCCCACGCCACUCCACGAAGCAAACCAAGACGUGUGGAUGAACCUCGUCCUCGGCAGAUACACAAUGCACAUGGAGCUCAAGGAAUACGAACCCGUCGAGGCGGCGCUCAAGGAAAUGACCGACCACGGCAGCUACAAUAACAAAAUGGCGGGCAAGAACAUGCUCGCCGACCUGUACGCCGAGUAUGGGCGCUACAAAGAGGCAGAAGCCAUGGGGAGGGACUGUCUGCGAUGGCUGCGGGAGAUGCCUAUUCUGGGGCCGCAGAGUCCCCAGGCGCUGGGGUGCGAGAGACGGUUGAUGAAGGCGAUUUGGAAGCAAGGCAGGUAUGAGGAGGCUGGGGCUAUGCAGGACGAGAUGAGGAGUCUGGUGGAGGGCCUGCCGGGGACGAAAUUUGAAAAGUAUCUGGAUGAUGAGCGGAGGAUGCUGGCGGAGAUGAUUGCAAUGCUGGAAAGGUGGAGGAAUGAGCAAACCGGUGAGGGUGCAGCGUGA